UUUUUCGCCAUCCUCAUGGCUUCGACAACCGUGCUUGUCGACCCAGCUACUGUCCUCGGAAAACGUAGAAGACCUCGAUAUCUUCUACAACUCACGUCUAGUCCUGAACCGCCGGCCCUUGCGGACGAACGACGCGCCUCAAGCUCGAAAACAGCUCCGCCAAUCAUCGUCAACGGGAGCCUCGUUCUUGCGUCAACCAAACGACGUUAUCAAUGCACGCAUGAUGGCUGCAAUAAGGUCUAUACCAAACCGUCGCGUUUAGAAGAGCAUGAGAGAUCGCAUUCGGGAAAUGUUGAUAGUCCUCACGUCCUUGUCUGGCCCACCCAUUGACCCUACCUCCAGCGUCCCUUCAUUUGCGAAACAUGCGACAAGUCCUAUCUACGGGAAACGCACCUCCAAGCCCACUCUCGCAGUCAUCUACCGCACUCGGAGCGCCCAUUCGUUUGCACUGAGAGCAAUUGUGCAAAACGAUUCUGGACUUCUCAGCACCUUCGGACGCAUGUCGAUUGGCAUAAUGGAGCGAAACCAUUUGAGUGUUCAGAGGACGAUUGUCACCAAAGUUUUGCAAAACAUCAUCAGCUCCUCUCACAUAAGUGCAGCGAACAUGCGCCACCCGGUUCGAAGCCCCACCGCUGUAACCACAAGGGAUGUAUCCAAUCCUUCUCAACAAAUCAACAUCUACGAACCCACGCAAAGGUUCAUAAUGACUUGGACUGCAUUGCAGCAUCACAACCGGACUGUUCAUCCUCCGACUUGUCCGUAUCCAUCUUGCGAAGGGAAGACUUUUACGGCUCAAAAGGGUCUUCGGGCGCAUUUUAAGCUUCACGAGCAACAAAUGAUAGAGGCGGAAUUGACUGGGGCACUGUCCGACGACGACGAACGUCCGCCAAAAAAGAAACGUCGAGGAGGGGAGGUUGGACGGGACUGGGUUUGUGGGCGAGACGGGUGCUCUAAGGACUUCAAAUCGAAAAAAGCCAUGACCACACAUGUGAACAUCACACAUCUGGGCCGACGGGAUUUUGAAUGCUCCCAUGAAGGUUGUGAUCAGAAAUUUGGAUACAAGCACCUCUUGCAGCGGCAUCUCGCCAAGCACACAGCUCCGACAUCUUCAAGUGACGAUUCAGACGACACUUCUCCAAAGGCCCCUGAUUUGACCAUCGACAUCGUCACUGGCCAGGCCUAUGCACAUUCUGCUGAGAAGAAACUCGAAUCGUUCCAAGCAAUCCAAUGCCCCUUCCCAAAAUUGGACGGCCUAGGCCUUGUUCGGGUGUCCCGUAGCAAAUUGACAUGCGCCUACGUCUUCAAUCGUGCAUACGAUUUCCGGAGACAUCUGCAGUCUGCCCACGAUAUCACCGUUGAAAAAGAUGUUGCCACCUCCUGGGUUCAACGACACCGGGUUUCUCUCUUAGCAUAG